CAAGCCAGGCGUGCCCCGGGCCGGGCUCCCCCUGCCGUUAGUGAGGGCGGCGCCGAGGGGAGCCCGUCGGAGCCGCCCCGCGGGGAGAGCCGGAGGAGCAUGGCCGGGGCGCAGAGCCGCUGCCCGCCCGCGCCGGGCGAAGAUGUCAAACCAUUUACUCCUGGGAGAGCCAAGGAAAUUGUGAUGUCCCUACAGCAACCUGCAGUCUUCUGUAACAUGGUUGAUGACUGGCCAGCCCUCUACUGGAAUGCAAAAUACCUUUCUGCGCUGUUGGAUGGGAAGAUGAUCCAGUUUAGGCUAGGUCUGAAGGCAGUGGAUUUAGUUCCCCAGUUUGAAACGAGGUGUAGCUAUGUGAAGGCUACACUUGAAGAGUUUUUGGCUUGGAGUUGUGGGCAGCCUUCUUGUCUCUCUGGACCAUUCAGUUGUUACGAGUACUCCAAAUAUUGGGCUUACGCUGACUACAAAUACAUUGCCACGAUGUUUGAAGAAAAGCCAGAAAUUUUCCAGGAUAUAAGGUGGUCAGACUUUGGUUUUCCUGGAAGAAGUGGGAAAGAGAGCACGCUGUGGAUUGGUUCUGAAGGAGCAAACACCCCCUGCCAUUUGGAUUCCUACGGCUGCAACUUAGUCUUGCAAGUACAAGGAAGGAAGAGAUGGCACCUCUUUCCACCUGGUGACACCAGUUUCCUUUAUCCCACCAGGAUCCCUUAUGAGGAAUCAAGCAUAUUCAGCAAAGUCAACAUUGCCAACCCUGAUCUGAAACGCUUUCCUGAGUUUAGGAACACGACAGCCUAUGUGGUUACACUCAGCCCAGGACAGGUCCUGCUCGUUCCAAGGCACUGGUGGCACUAUGUGGAAUCCAUUGACCCCAUCACUGUCAGCAUAAAUUCUUGGAUUGAACUGGAUGCAGAUCAUGAAGCCCGUGUAGAAGAAGCAAUAACUCGAAUGCUGGUAUGUGCCAUAAAAUCAGCAGAAAAUCCCAGUGAUGGAGAUCUCUGGCUAAAUCCCACAGAGGUUGAGGCAACAUCCCAUGAAAUCAAUCUUCAGUACCUGAAUAAAGCUGUGUCUGCAUAUUUCAAGUGUCAAAAGGCAAGUGAGUCAGAGCAGGCAUGUCCCAGCUGCACUGGUGCAGAGCAAAGGACAAGCACCUCAUGCAAGAGGAAGAAAAGGGAAGCUGGCUCUGAACCAGAGGGCUGCACAUUACUAACCCAUGAAUUUGGCUUUCCAAUAUCUAAAGCAGAAAAGUUGCAGAAAAUACCUUUUGGGCCUCAUCUUAUACAAGUUUUGCCACAGUCUCAAGAAACAAGCUCGAUGGGUGCGGUUGCAGUUGAAAGUGACAGUAGAGAUCUCCUCCAUGAAAAUGAAGGAGGACAUUUUGGAAAAUUACACCACACCAGGAAGCAGUCGGUAAUGAGUAAUGACUCUGCAACGCCUGCACAUCAAAUGGAUUCAGACGGCAGUCCAAAUGCCUCACAAACAGCUCUUUCUACCAACGAUUUGCUAGACUGUUUGGUUAAUCCACAAGUCAUCAGUUUAGUGGCUCGGCUGCUGUUGGAGAGAACAAGAGUUUAGUGCCGGAGCGCUUUAUCAUUUCUGAAAUAAAGAAACCAAAUGGCA